AUGCCACGGCCUUGGGGCCUCGCGCUCCCGCUGCUGCUCCCCUGGGUGGCAGGUGGGUUAGGGCACGCAGCCAGUCCAAGGGAUCAUGGGUUGUUGGUGUUGGCACGCCAGCCUGGGGUCUGUCAGUUUGGAACUAAACUGGCCUGCUGCUACGGCUGGAGAAAGAACAGCAAGGGAGUCUGUGAAGCUACGUGCGAACCUGGAUGCAAGUUUGGUGAGUGUGUGGGACCCAACAAAUGUAGAUGCUUUCCAGGAUACACCGGGAAAACUUGCAGUCAAGAUGUGAAUGAGUGUGGAGUGCAACCCCGGCCAUGCCAACACAGAUGUGUGAAUACACACGGCAGCUACAAGUGCUUUUGCCUCAGUGGCCACACGCUCAUGCCAGACGCCACGUGCACAAAUUCUAGGACAUGUGCCAUGACAAACUGCCAGUACGGCUGUGAAGACACAGAGGAAGGGCCACGGUGUCUGUGUCCAUCCUUGGGACUCCGCCUGGCCCCAAAUGGAAGAGUGUGUCUAGAUGUUGAUGAGUGUGCCUCUGGUAAAGCCGUCUGCCCCUACAAUAGAAGAUGCGUGAACACAUUUGGAAGCUAUUACUGCAAAUGUCAUGUUGGUUUCGAACUGAAAUAUGUCAGUGGCCGAUAUGAUUGUGUAGAUAUAAAUGAAUGUGCUGUGACUACCCCUAUGUGCAGCCUCCAUGCCAAUUGCCUCAAUACCCAAGGAUCCUUCAAGUGUACAUGCAAGCAGGGAUAUAAAGGCAAUGGACUUCAGUGUUCUGUUAUCCCUGAAAAUUCUGUGAAGGAGGUCCUCAGAGCACCUGGUACCAUCAAAGACAGAAUCAAGAAGUUGCUGGCUCACAAAAACAGCCUGAAAAAGAAGGUCAAAAUUAAAAAUGUCACCCCAGAACCCACUGGGACUCGCACCCCUAAGGCUGACUUGCAGCCCUUCGACUAUGAAAAGAGUGUUUCCAAAGGCGGGAACUCUAAUGAAAAAAAAACAGGGAAUGAAGAGACAAUGAAAGGGGAGCUUGAGGAAGAGGAGAGAGAAGAGAAAACCCUGAAGAACGACGUGGAACAGGAGCAACGCCUUCGAGGAGAUGUGUUUGCCCCUAAGGUGAAUGAAGCAGGUGAAUUUGGUCUGGUUCUGGUCCAAAGGAAAGCACUAACUUCCAGAUUGGAACACAAAGAUUUAAAUAUCUCAGUUGACUGCAGCUUUGACUAUGGGGUCUGUGACUGGAAACAAGAUAAAGAAGAUGAUUUUGACUGGUAUCCUGCUGAUCGAAAUAAUGCUGUUGGCUAUUAUAUGGCAGUUCCGGCCUUGGCAGGCCACAAGAAGGACACUGGCCGAUUGAAACUUCAUCUCCCCGACCUGCAGCCCCAGAGCAACUUCUGUUUGCUCUUUGAUUACCGGCUGGCUGGAGACAAAGUAGGGAAACUUCGAGUGUUUGUGAAAAACAGUAACAAUGCCCUGGCAUGGGAGGAGACCAGAAAUGAAGAUGAAAGGUGGAAGACUGGGAAAAUUCAGUUGUAUCAAGGGACUGAUACUACCAAAAGUGUCAUUUUUGAAGCAGAACGUGGCAAGGGCAAAGCCGGUGAAAUUGCAGUGGACAGCGUCUUGCUUGUUUCAGGCUUAUGUCCAGAUGGUCUUUUAUCUGCAGAUGGUUGAAUGUUACUAUUGUCUUUUAUACCUUUGUAUUUGGCUUUUUAUGUCAGUUCUCUGUUUUUUGCUAUUACAUCAUAGGACCCUCGCCCCAUUUUAGAAAUACACGCUGAAAAAUUAUAAUGUACAAACAGAAAUUGUAAGAUGCCUUUCUUGUAUAAGACAUGCCAAUAUUUGCCUUAAAUAUAGUACCUCUGUGUCUUCUCAUUCAUUUCUGAUUUUUUUUCACAUUAUAUUAUAAAAUGUGGACAUGCUGGUUCUUCUCCCUUCCCCAAUAUAUCUGAUUUGUCUACAUGAGUUUAUGAACUUCUCUAUAUAACGUUUCUAGAAUACCCCCCCCCAAAAGCACAGAGAAAUGUUUAACUGUUUGACUUUUAUGGCACUUUUUGGAGACUGUGACAAAACAGAUAGACUUUUGCCUAAGUGGCUUAGCCUGAUCUUUCAUAGCCAAGCUUGUAUACAUAAAUUCUGUGUAAUAAUAACAUCCAAAUAAUCACCAUGUGUCAUGAUUUAAAUUUUUCUAAGAAUAUAUGUUGUUGAUUCUCCA